AUCAUGAUACAACUGUGACGCUUCCUCCCAUCAGCUGUUUUUGUUUUGCUGGCUGCAUAUUGGAAGUUAAUAACAUCAUCAUAACAGUGUGGACUGAAACCACUGGUUACGGAGGCGCUGUCGUGGAUCUUUUCUCCUGUUUAGGUUCGGGACAGUUCAAUUUGUGAUGUAUGUCAUCCGAGUCUGACCGGACAUUCCUGGAGAGUGUGAGCGUGGCGCUUGGAGCCGCGGAACAGAACAGGGGAAGCGGGUUCCGGUGGGGAUCGACCCGAGCCCAAGGCCCCCGACCUCAGGCAGCGAGAGGAAAGGGAUUUUGGACGGCCGGAUGGAGUCCCAAGACGGACCGGACGACUCCAGAAUGCAUCGAGGCUUCAUCUGUGCCUCGUUUAACCAGGAUACCACUUCCCUGUCAGUGGGCACUAAAACAGGCUACCGGCUUUUCUCAGUCACUGCUGUGGACAAACUGGACUGCAUCCAUGAGGGAGUUGAGUGUCCGGACGUGUAUAUAGUGGAACGUCUUUUCUCCAGCAGUCUGGUGGUGGUGGUCAGUCUGUCCAUGCCACAGCGAAUGAAUGUUUACCACUUCAAGAAGGGCACAGAGAUUUGUAACUACAGCUAUUCCAACAACAUCCUCUCCGUCAGGCUCAACAGACAGCGGCUGGUGGUGUGCUUGGAAGAAUCUAUCUACAUCCACAAUAUCAAAGACAUGAAACUUCUCAAGACCCUGCUCAACACACCCACUAACCCCUCAGGUCUCUGCACUCUCUCUGUCAACCACAGUAACUACCUAGCAUACCCUGGCAGCACCACCAUCGGAGAGAUCACAGUCUACGAUGCCAACAACCUGAGCACUGUGACGCUGAUCCAGGCCCAUGACAGUCCCCUGGCAGCUCUCACCUUCAGUGCCUCUGGCACCAAACUGGCCAGCGCUUCAGAGAAAGGCACUGUCAUCAGAGUUUUCAGCAUUCCCGAAGGACAGAAACUGUUUGAAUUUCGGCGAGGGAUGAAAAGAUAUGUUAGCAUUAGUUCACUGUCCUUCAGUGCAGAGGCUCAGUUCCUCUGUGCCUCCAGUAACACUGAGACAGUCCAUAUCUUUAAAUUGGAGCAGCACAGCCCCAGCCAAGAGGAGGAGUCUCCUACAUGGUCAGCGUACGUGGGCAAAAUGUUCACAGCAGCCAGCACCUACUUGCCUGCCCAGGUGUCCGACAUGAUGCAUCAGGACAGAGCCUUUGCCACUGUGCGACUCAACAUGUUCGGUCUAAAGAACAUCUGCGCCCUGGCCAUAAUUCAAAAGCUCCCUCGCCUGCUGGUGGCAUCCUCAGAUGGGUAUCUUUACAUCUACAAUGUGGACCCACAGGAUGGAGGCGAGUGUGUCCUUGUCCAAAAGCACAAGCUGUUUGACUCCAGUGAGGAGCAGAUGGAACAGAAGAAAGAGGAGAAGCCUGAAGAUGUCCCUCCCCAACCAGCCAGCCAAUCAUACGCUGCUACUGUGGCUCUACCUUCAGCCCUGCCCUCCUCCAACACUCUCAUGGGUUACUCUGAGGACGGUGGAGCUCAGAAGGGUGAGGUCAUCCCCGAGCAUGAAUUUGCUGAGGGUCCUGUCUGUCUGGAUGACGAGAACGAGUUUCCUCCAGUCGGCAACCAGAGUAAUUGACCAGACCCCCUCCCAAGAAAAUCUUCCCUUCCUUGUCCAACAAUCAGACUUGUUUGUUUUGAACAAGGAGGAUGGACAAAAAUAUUCCUGACAUGUUGAAACAGCGUGACACACCCAUCCUUGCACAUGUAUCCCUGCUGGCCUAGGGUCACAUUUUGCCAGAAAGUUACUUAGUGUUUCUGUAUUCUGCAUCCCUCUCAUUUUUUAUGAGGAAAAACAAUUUAAAAAAAACACAAAAAAGAGUGAAAUGUCCAUUCAAUACAUUCAGAGCAUCUCGGCUUGGAUUUGACAGACUGUAGCCUAGUCUGAAGAGUCCCACUGUUAACUCCCAUGUAAUGCCAUAAAACCAUUUUAACCCUGUUUUAAAUAAUGAUGACAGCACAAUGACAUUAUUAUUGCCCAGUGUUAUUGUGGAAACAACCAGAUGAGCAUGUGUUUGGAGGCUGGAUAUACCAAGGGACAAAGAGACAAGAGUAACCAGAGGCCAGAUUCACAAAAAUGCUCUUCAGCCACCUCAGAGGUCAUUUUAGAAGUUUCUUCUUACACCUAUGUGCAGGCAAACAACAGUUGUUUUAAUUAUUAAGUAUAUGUCUUGCUUUCUGUCACUUACAAAUCUUAGGAACUGGAGUCAGAAAUGUCUGAAGAGCUACCAUGAGACAUUUUUGUCAGUCAGGCCUCAGGACUUGGAGAGCUUAUCAAUGGACGUGUCAUACUUCGGGAGAGGAGCAGUGGUUCUCUCAAAAAGGAAAAGAUGUUGUAAGCGUGACACACUAUUUAAAUCAUGAUGCAUUCAGUAAGUAUUAUAUGACUUGCAGAUGCAGCUGUGAUACUAAAUAUGGUAGUGACAGAGGAGACUAAAAGCAGAGUCACAAAAUGUAAUCUGAUAAAACGUCUGGAACACUUGGCUCUGUGGGAGGAGAACAAUGUGAACCGAGUGAUGACGAGCUGUAUGUGACAAAGUUACAGGUCCUUGAAUUUCAGUGAUAUCCUGAAGACCUUUUUAUUUUCAACAUGAUGCUGAAUAUGUUAACAUGUAAGUCAUUUUUACCUUGAUGUAUUAAAUAUUAUUUUGCAAAAUGUUACACAUCAACGCAUAGACUUUCCAUGCGUAAAUAUAUAGUGAGAAUUUUUACUGUGUCUAUAAUGUGUAUAUACAACAUUUAUAUAUAGCACUGUUGUAAUAAGUAACAUGGUAAUACCAUUGAAUUGCCAAAAGGUGGCGCUAUUAGGACACCCAUGUGCUGCAUUGAGCUGUUCAGUACUGGACGUUUACAACAGAGACUCAUUAAAGCUGACAA